AUGUUGGAAUGGGAACAAGAUUAUCUAUGGAAGUUUAUCAUAAAAACAACAGCUGAACCGUAUAUUCUACCAUAUACAUCUGAUCAUCCACGUCAUAUACAUCGAAAUAUUCCAUAUACAGCAUUAUUACGUGCAGCUCGUAUUUGUUCAGAUGUCACGGAUUUUAAUUUGGAAUGUAUUCGUAUUGACAUAUCACUAUUAUUAAAUCGUUAUCCACCGCAAUUUAUUACUCAACAAUUCGAUCGAUUUUUCAAUCUAAACCACGCAAUGCCUGUAUUAAGUGAACUGCAUGAAAAAAUUUAUUCUCGUUUACAUCAAAAGUUAUUGUAUCAACCAACACGUCGUGAAAAACAACUUCAAACUAUGAUGAAAGAUCCAGUAAGAACACCAGCUGUAUUACAACCAAAGAUAUGGGACAGACAACUGAUGUUUCCACGUUAUUUAUUUGAUUCUGCAUUGUCAAUCAAUUUCCGCCAAGAACUUAGCAAAUGGCGGAAAGAAAACUACGCAUUUCUCAGUUCGCCAGUUAAACAUGUUAAAGUACGACUAGUUGCGAAUACUAACCGGACGUUAGAAAAAUUUUUUAUACAUAAAAAACCUACAAGAGAAAUAUUAACCAAAAUAGAAACAUAA